AUGUCUUCCCCGGCUGUCUAUGUUUCCAAAAACGAAGAUGACAGUCAAGGAAUCUCUGUUCCCAGAGGGGAUGAAGUUUUCACCCAAAGGGGAGACAAAUUUGGUCCGCAUUUCAGGUCUCAGUCGACCUCUGCUUCCCUUGGCGCUCUUCGCCGCCUUUGUAACAUCCCCCAGGAAAUUGAAUUCUCUCUUCCUAGACCCAACGAGUCUCCAGAAGUGGUGGGAGAGGGUUACUGUUGUGCGUACGAAGUCUAUUUCAAAGGUUGUGAAGCAGGGUUUUCCCUCUCCACUAGCGAACUCUUAGGGCUAUUUCUAGCCCGUGAAUCCGCAGCAGCGGGGAACCAGACGAUCCCCCGCCCAACCGUUGACUUCUUGUCCUUCUUUCGAAUCGUUUCCGAGGGUGAAACAAAUUGGAAUUCCUUCACCCUUCAAUGCAUUCAUAAAGCGGGGCUCGCCAUUAAAGACGGUCAGACUCACCCCCUCGAUCCUCCUCCCGAGGAGAAAGACGUCUCGAGCCUGAAUGCUCAAGAUAAAAGGAAGAUGCAGGAAGCAGCCCUGUCAGCCGCAGGGGAUACUCAUGGAGCCGAGAUCCUUAACGACCCUCCAGUUGCCACCGCAAUUUGCCCUUCCGAACCAGGGUGUGAGGGAGAAAUAACCUCCUCUCCUUGUACAAAGAGGAAUGCUCCAGAUUCUGAUAAUCUAUCAAGCGAGAGACUUAAAACCGUGAGAUUAAGUUCUCCGCCACGAGUCUCUAGCCCUCUACGUUCUGUUUCUCCCUCUUCAGAACCUUUAAACUCCGAGCUCCCUCUUCCGGGAGACAAAGUAAUUUCAGAGGCAACAGGUGAGCCGAGACCGGCGGCUCCCUUAUCUCAAGGACUGAGUGUUAGGACUCAAAAUCAUUUACCCGCUUCGAUUUCAGGCGGAGAAGAGAUUGGAGACAUCUUCCGAAGUUUCCAAACCAGGGAAGGGGCAUCCCUUCCUCCUUUUUCGGUUUGGAGGCCGGAAAUCCGUCAGAUGUUUGCCAAUCGAGCUCGCUACCUAUCCCAGGCGUUUAUGGAGACUAAUGGAAUGAUCUUCAAUUAUGAGAACCUUCUUCAUCAAGCGAAGAGAGAGACCGCAAAGGCUAAGAAGGAGGUUGAUGAUCUCAGAUUAGCCAACCAAUCCGAGCGAUUUGAGCGGGAAAAAGCACUCGAGUCAUCUUUUGAAAAUAUGAAGAAAACUCUAGCAGCUAACGAGCAACGCAUCAGAAUUGCGAAUGCUGAAAGAGAUUCUGCGAGGUCUAAUGCUUCUCGCUUGGAGGCUGAGCUAGAGGAGAAUACGGCUUUGUUCGAAGAAGCAAAUCAAGAGAUCGAGCUUUUAACUAGGAACAAGGCUCGCGAUAUCGCUGAAGCCGAACAUACUGCUCGAGAAGAGAUGAGGGGAUUCGGUAGGCAACAUAUUCAAUCUGUUACGAAGUUCAUCAAGGACGAAGAGGUCUGGACUAAACUUCUAACAGAUCGAGCCGAACUGAAGAGCAAUCUAGACCUGAUUAAGGAACUAGAGGCUGGGAGAGUUUCGUUCGAGAACGAGAGGAGCGAAGUUGCUGCCGAACUCGCUAUGGUUGAGUCCGAGUUAUUCUCGGCUUCCCGUCCUACUCUCGAUCUGAAACAAUUUUCUUUGGUAUUUGGAGACUCCCCAUCUCAAUUCGAGGUAGGUGAAGGUUCUCGGCCACAUGAGGGUUCUCCAGAGGUGUAG